UUGGCUGCAGUGGGUUGCAAUCUUUCCUAAUACAGGCAGAGUAUUUUUAGCCGAAUAUGUUAGUGCAAUUGCGUAUCGAUGUGCAGGAUUGCGCUAGUGUUCUACUUUUAGACAAAGGGAAUAGUGUGAUUUCAUAUAUUUUAAAUGUCUGCAGAAAAAGGCAGCUGUUUUCCAGCGGGUACAGUUAUAUCUGUAUUUUCAACACCGCCUCCACCACCUCCUUUAGCAUCCCCGAGUUUCUUUCUAGGUAACAAAAAAUUGUAUCAACGCGUAGCGGAAGGCAAAACACCAGUCACUGGCGACCACGAGGAGGCAAAAGUGUUAAUAAAAAACAGAAACCUCAGAAAGGAUCUGAAGUGGCUUUUGUUUAACAAGUAUAUUCCUUCACUUAUUCAAGAUGGACCACAAUGUGGUCUGGUGGCUCUCUGGAUGGCCGGUCACUUACUGAAGAUGAACAGAAAUGUUACAGUAGAGGAGGUAGUCAAACUAGCUUUAGACAAGCAAUACACAGCCCAAGGAGAAAUGUUCUCAGCUGAUAACAUGGCCCAGCUUGCUGAAGACGUGUACAACUGCCAAGCUGAUGUGAUCAGUGGAGGCAUGAUGGGAAGCCACUGCAACAAAAUUAUUAGCCAUAUAAUUGCUGGGUUACCUGUUUUAGUACCCUAUGAUGAGGACUUUAAUCAUGAACCUUGCCAGAGAGGAGGACACAGGGCCCACUGGGCUGCCAUUUCAGGUGUAUUGCUAGGACUUGUGUGUGAGUCACUGAGUAAUGAAUACAAGGAAGACCCCGACAUUCCUGGACUUUUUUACCCAGCUUCAGAAACAACUUCAUAUCCCCAGUACAUUGAGGACUUCAUUGUGGAAGUUUACCUACUAGCUAAACAAGGAAAAAGUCUGAAGUACCAGCUGUGGGAAUAUCAGCGUUUACAUGAAAGUAAUUUGCAGCUCACAGAGUUUUGUCCUAAAAGGAAUUCUGAUGGAUUAGUAUACAUUGUCCCUGAUGGAGGAGUGACAAGUGGUCUAAGUGGCAAGGUUGUGCUUCUGAAAUAACUGUUUGCACAAAGCGGUAAACAAAAUCCUUAUGUGUCUUUCAUAGCUAUAGGCUGAAGCUUGACUGUAGAGUUUUAUGCAAGACACAAAGUUUCCUCAACAACCAAGUUUCAUGAGUUGUAGCUGAUCUGUUUAACUAGCAUUUACAUGAGGGUUGGCACUGUUUCAAACACAAGUUAUUGUUUCUUGUGUUCACUUGGUUUGUAUUGUGGUUUUUAAUUUUAAACAUUUGAUAUUGGUGUCUGCUUAUUUGUAUAACAGUUUUUGUUGUGCUAAGGCACUGAAAAGAAAGGGUUGACGACAAAAGAUUAGCUUGCAGUCUAUCAUGCAUGACAAGUUUAUAGGUACAAAGAUUUUGGCUGAAAUGAUGACAUUUAUGACUACUUUUUAAACACUUUGUUUCUGAAAAUUAGUAUGAAUGACUUCUCAUUUUGUUUGAUUUGUAAGUCACACAAAAAUGAUGUCAUUAGUAAGCAUAGACUGUCAACACUGUUUGACUUUAGAGCACUGAUUCACAUGGACCUUUUUAAACAUACAAAAAGAAGAGUGUAGCACAACAGGUGUUUGUCAAGUCUGAAAUGUCACUUACACUGUCGUUAGUUUAACUGUAUCCCAUAAGCAGAUAUAAUAGAAAGUUACAUCCCCUGAAGCAGGACUUUACAGACAUUUUGAGAAAUCACCAAUUUAAGUACCAUGUUGAAAAUAUGGGGAAAGGUACCCAAAACUUAUUUAUGCAUGAACAAAUGAAAAAAAAAAAAAAAAAAAACAAGAACAUAGGUGCAUGUAGUCUUGAUGGCAACGUCUUAUGCUGUGGAAAAACAAUACGUUGGUAGUUAGCCAUGGCAUUUCAUGAUUGAGAAAACUGCAAUCUUCCAGAAAGGGAAAUAGAGACAGACUUUCUGGAGUACAUAUGUCAUGGUAUGUGUGCAGUGGCAUAUUUGCAGCAGUUUUGUUACUGCAGUUCAAACUUUGCAUAGUGAAAGUCCAUUAAAACAAGGGCAUAAAAUUGUUGCACAAAAUACAUGAGCUCCAGAAAAGCAUUAAAAUGGUGCCAACUUAUUUCUCACUGAGAACUCUCUACCAGAUAUCAUCCACUCUCAGACACUACUAUACAAUGUAUUUCAGCAGUCUGUUUUUCAUUAUUACUUUUUAAUCUGUUCAUUUGCAAGCAGACUAAACCUGGUAGCCAGAGUCUUUGUCUCGCACUUGUAUGCAUCCUAAAUAAUGUAAAACACAGGAAACUCUUGAAUGCAUCAGGGCAGUGUAACCUUCUCAUAUAAUAGAUAUAGAGAAAAAAUUAUGGUGCUUCAGAAUUCAAGGGCACAGUGUUGAAACACAGUUUGUUAAUUUACAUAUUGUGUGUCCAGAGCAACGGAAACAUUGAAAAUGCAGUCAUAUCACCAGAAAUCCAAACACUGCAAUUAAAGGUAUUUAAGUAAUUCCCUUUUUUAAUUUUUUUUUAAUUUAUAAAACGUGCAAACUUACUAUGUAUAAGUCCACAUCACUUAACUAGACCUGUACACACCUUAUGGCUGCAGAACAUAAUUGCACACAUUCUGUGUAAUGUUUGAUGCAAGAAACCAUCACAUGCAAGGACAUUGCUGUCUAAGAUGACAGUUUAGUACCAAAGUGUCUGCUCAAGAGUGGCCUUAGAGCAAUAUUUGCGUAUAUAACUUGCACAGUAGCAUGCCUUCUGGGAGAUUCAAAACAUACACAUACAAAAUCUUGUAGAAUAUAAAUGCAGGAAGCUAUUAGUUCAUAACAGAAAAGGAUCACAGCAAUGGCCAUGCGUUACAGAAAAUACUGGUAAAUAUUGACACACAGUUCACUGUCUCUGGAUAAAAGAUAUAUUUACCCUCUUAAAAAUACUUGCACAAAAAUAAAGAUAACAAAACAUAACAGUUGUUGUCAAACAUAUAUAUGUAAUAAAUUGUGGAAGAACUGUCGUGCAUCGGAAUACAAUAUACAAAUGCUGUAAGUGACAUUUAAAAAAAAAUCUAAAAUAGUCCAUUUUGUAUGCAUAAUGUCCUCCAGGUUGGGUGGUACUGAACACUAGCAGACUUUCCUGAGAUAAUGAAGCCAUCCUGUGCAGAAGUUGACCUUAGAAUGCCUCCAGGUGGCGUAGUAUAACCCAGUUUCACUAAUUUUGUCAGAUAUUAUUAUUGGUAUACAAUGUGGUUUUGCACAGUGAACAUAGAUUUAUUUAUUUGUUUGUUUAUUUAUUUGUUUAUUUAUUUAUAUUUUUAUUUUGAAUUUGUUAACUAGGGAAGAGAACUGAUCCUAUUGUACCCAUUUCAGUUUCAGCUCAGGGAAAACACAAUAGUAGAUGAUAUUAUAUACAGAUAGAAUGAUACAAUGCAAUAAAUAAUAUAUGUAAAUGCAAUAAAUAUAUAUAUACUGUAUACAACAUGAAUAUCAUAGUUGGCUUGAGGGUAUAAAGCAAUAGAUAAAUGAUAUUAUAUACACAGUGUGAAAUAAUGUGCUGACUUUACCCUCCCUUCACUAGUUUCCAGACUAUUCAGAGAUGCACCAAUAUACAACC